AUGUACUGGGCUGUCGUUGGAACUUUUAUUGGAAUCGCAACGCUGGUCAACUUCACCAAUUACAUUCUGUAUCGCCAAAGAUUGUCCGCCGCGAAUCGUGGAGAUCCUCAACCCGCAAAGCCCAAGUCUUGGAUCUUUCGCGCCAAUGCCUCUGCGACGGCCAUCAUCCGAGAGGCCAGCAAUGCCACGCUUGCGCCGAUUACCAUCAAGGGUCAUAGAAUCCGCAUGCCGACUUUGGGACCGUUGUCUAUCAUCUGCGCCAACGUCAUCAUGCUCCUCGUACUGUGUUUCUUCAAGUUUGACCUCAACGAUCUGUGGACUUUCGAAAUGAUCGGCUACAGAACCGGCUGCAUGUCUGUUGCGCAGCUACCCUUGAUUAUCCUCCUCGCUGGAAAGCACAACAUCAUCGGCUAUUUGACGGGCACCAGCUACGAGCGCCUCAACUGUUUGCAUCGCUGGGCCUCGCGCUGCUUGCUUCUGACGGUAACGAUUCACAUGGGAUACUGGUUCGCCGAUUGGGCGCCGUACAACUACAUCGAACAGAAGGUCCGGACCGACCCCAUCACCAAACACGGCCUCAUCUCCUGGUGCCUGCUGGUCUGGCUUUGCAUCAGCUCAAUGACGCCUAUCCGCGGCUGGAGGUACGAGGUCUUCGUGAUCCAGCACAUUGGCUCGUUUGCGGUAUUCCUCGCCUUCGUGUACAAGCACAUCAGUUCUUGGCCCAUGUACAUCCGCGUCUACGUCUGGAUUCCGAUUGCACUUGUUUGUUUCGACCGUGUAUUACGCGCGGGCUUUAUGCUCUACGCGAAUCUCUCCAUUUUCCAUCCGAAACAGAAGAGACAGGGAACUAUGUCCGGUCUCUGGGCUUGCAACGCGGAAUUCACUGCUCUAUCCAACAACGCUACACGCAUUACCAUCCGCAAUCCGCCAAUCGGCUGGUACGCCGGCCAGCACGUUUUCCUGUCUUGCCACUCCGUGGUUCCUCUGCAGGCUCAUCCAUUUACGAUUGCAUCCAUCCCCGAGGACGAUAAGAUGGAAUUUCUGGUCCAAACGAAGAGCGGUGGAACGAAGCGCCUCUUCAAGUAUGCCGAGAAAGUCAGCCUUUUGCCGACUUCGGCUGCGGACACUGUGAAAGACUCCAAAUCCGUGGCUAUCCAAGGACCGUACGGAUGCAUCAGACCACUUCGUCAGUUUGACAGCGUUGUUUUACUCGCCGGAAGCACAGGUGCCACCUUUACCGUUCCCCUUCUUCGGGACAUCUUGGCCCACUGGAAGCACGAGAAGAAGCAUUCGGGCGUUUUCAGCGCUCCGCAGGGAGCCGUGACACGGCACAUCCGCUUCGUCUGGGUCGUCAAGUCGAGAGGCCAGCUCAGCUGGUUCACCGAGCAGCUAACCCAGGUCGCCGAGGACGUCCAAACGUUGCGUGCCGCAGGUCAAUCCGUUGACGUCGAGAUGAGCGUUUACAUCACGUGCGACCCGAGCUUCACCGAGGAGCACAAAUCGAUGCUGUCGAACAACCCAGUUCCGUCGCGCGGCGCCGUGGAGGAAAUUUCAGAAGCAGAGGCUAUGGACGAGAAGUUGGUGCUGGAAAAGCAGAACCGCCAGGACAAGUUCGAAGUCCGCGAGCUGGAAGACGCGACUGCUGCCUCGAUCCUGGAUGGGAAGACUGGACGCGGUGGUGGCGCCUGCGGCCCCGACGGCGUUUGCUGCUGCACGGCGACGAUCGAAGACGAAGACGACGCCAUCGAGCCCGCCGUGUGCACCUGCAACUGCGGCAGCGCGCCAUCCUCGCUUCCCUCGGCUGCACCGGGACCUGAGAAGAAGUUGUCCACCGCCGGCGACUCGACGACUACCUCGCCUUCCUCGGACUCCUCGGACGCCACCUUUGUGAAGGCCAAGCAGCAACCGCUCCUGCACCCUAGCAUCAUGGUCCUGUCGGGUCGUCCGCAGCCGCGCACCAUUAUCCGCAAGACGCUGGAGCAGGCGCUGGGCGAGAGCGCGGUGGUAGUUUGCGGGCCGGCGGGCCUGGUGGGCGAUGUGCGCAUGAGCGUCGUCGCGCUUAGUGAUGAGCGCGCGGUGCAUAAGGGGACGGGCGCGCAGGGCGUCUACCUCCACGCCGAGGCUUUUGGAUACUAG